AGUGUAAGUUCGAUCUGCGAAGUUCGAUCAGAUCCGAGUGCGAUCGAAGACCAGAACGGUCGCUCAGUUGCGUUUGAGUUGCGAGCACGGUUUGUCGCUUGAUCUCCACUCUCAGUGAAUCUCUGACUCCACGGCGGCGUCUUUUGUUUUUCUCUGUGUGUGUAGCGUAGUGUAGUGCCUUGUUUAUGUUAAUCCGAUAUUUAUAUAUACAAGCGAAAUAUUGCAAAUUUAGCAAUAAAUUCGGCCAAUUUAUCGGAUUUCGCGUUUAGAAGCGUGAGACCAGCAAGCUGAAGGCAGUGGAAAUAUAAAAAUGAGUGUGCAGCAUAAGUGAUCGCUUCGAAGUGGAUGAAGUUAAAGGGUCAAACCGGUUUUCGGACAGCAGCAACAUGGAGUUGCCACCAACAGCAGCAGCAGCAGCAGCAGCAGCAACAAAUGCCUCGGCAUCCUUGCAACGUGUCGCCUUGGAAUCCGGUCUUGGUCGGGAUCGGGAACGGGAACAGGAACUGGGAGCAGCUGGUCCGCCUGGCCAAAUGAUGGCUCAUCACUAUCAUUACAUCCAGUAUCCGGCGCAGCAGCAACAGCAGUUGCCUCAACCACAACUGCCCUGCCAAUGUCCCUGCUCCUGUGGCCGGGCACCACCUCCUCCGCCCUCCAAUCCCGGCCAGAAUGCCUCCAUGGCCGUGGCUGUGUUGGUCCACCAACAAACUCCCAGUCAGCAGGAUCCGGCCAGGAGUUCCCCCAUAAAAACGCAGUCCGCCCAAUCCCUGCUCAAUCAUUCCUAUCAGGCGCUCCACGAGGAGCAUCACCAGCAGGAGCAGCUCCAAAUGGACUCCUCCGCCGGAGCUGGGAGCUGUGACUGCGAUCUGGAGUGCACCUGCCCCGCCACUGGAGGCAACUCCUCCUUGGCCCAGCACAAGAGGAGUCUGCUGGCGGAUGCCAUGCUUGGUGCGGAUGAGAUCACGGUCAGUGAGUCCGACAACAACAGCACCAUGAUCAAGAAGAAGAAACCGCGAUCUGGCGGAGGAGCAGGUCAACUUCCGCCCAAGACACAGCCCACGGGUGAUAGUUGCAACGAUAUAUACCACGACACUGAGCUGGAUGGCGGAGGAGGAGGAGCAGUGACAGCCUCUCCUGGUUCGGGCAUCAAGUCCCAGAUCUUGGACGAUAAUCGCCCACCGCUGCCGCCACGCCCACCGCCCAGGCCACGGAGUAAUGCAAAUGGUUCCAUAGUGCAUCGCCAUGGAGCUGGGAUCAAAAAGUAUGUGGUGUGGUGUCUCAUCUGCGGCGGUUUCAGUUGCCUCCUGGGCGUGCUCUUCCUGGGCGUCUACUUCCUGCUCCAUUCGUACACCAUCACGGUGGGUAACUUUGAGACGGUGCCCACCUUUGUGCCCGCCACUUUGCUCAUCCUCACGGGCAUCUGCAUCAUGAGUCUGGCCAGGCGUAGGAAUCGCUAUAGUUAUUUGAUUAAGUUAUCUGGAGCUUGUGGCCUGGUUUCCGCCUUAACCUGCGCUUUGGUCACCGUGACCACCACUGUGCUGCACAUGAGUCGUCUGCAGGCGUUGAGGGAAUGCGAAUAUGCCCAGAAGACGAGGACCUGCACCUGUUACUCGGACCUCAUCGAAUCCCAGGUGGAUCGGGUGGACAAGGAAGGAGUGCGCCUGGUGUUCGACUCCCUUUCGGAUUGCGGCGUGGUCCAUGGCUCCUUGUACUCCUGUUUGAGGGCCAUCUUUGGCCUGUCCGUGGCUGGAGUUCUCAUUGCGGUCUUCAGCUGCAUGUUGGUGUACCAACUUUUGAGUCACGAAAGGAAGAAAAUGUACUGGGAGCAGCUGGAGUUGCGUUGCAGGUCCCUAUACGCCAGUCAGGCUCCACCUCCUGCUUUGGGUCCUGGCCGGAUGUUGAACUGUAGAUGCUGUGAGCAGUGCCACGCCCAUAGGCAGUUGACGCUGCCGCUGCAGGCCACCGCCUAUCCGUGGGAUGAGGCCACCGUGGCCGCCGCCGCAGCAGCAGCAGCCGCCGGAGGAGGAGGAGGAGUUGGAGGCGGCGGAGGAGGAGAGCAGCGAUUCUGGACUGCCCAGCCGCCGGGUAACUUCUACUCGCCAAAUCCCGGCGGAGGAGAGGAUGCAGUGGGUGGCUGCAGGAGUGGCGAACGCGGGGCAGGUCGAUCCAACAGCGGCUGGAGCUGGCCACGAAUGCCCUGGCAGCGAACAACUCCGGACACGGGGCGUAGAUUUCGCCAGGCAGCCGCCAGUCCGGACUCCCAGUACGGGUUCAGUUCAUCGACGGCCAUGCAGGGCAACCAUGAUGGCAACCAGAUGCUGAUCGAGGAGCCCGUGGUGGCCGCCGCCUACGGUGGCAUGCCCCCGCCAAAUGCCCUGCCCUAUGGAGUCUGGGGUCCUCCGCCGCCGUACAGUGAUCCCAAUAGUCCGGCUCGUCGUGGCUACUACCAGUAUCUGCAGCCCACAGCCUGUUUGGUGGGGAACCCUGGAACAGUGGCCGUCACCCUCACCCAGGAGCAACUGCAUCCCAACCUGCAGCAUCAGCAGCAACAGCAGCAGCAGCAAUUGCAGCAACAGUUGCAGCUGCAACGCCUGCAAGUGCAAUCUGCAACGCUAGAGCGAAUGGAUGGCCUCAGCAGUGCUGGCAAUGUGAGCACCCUGGUGGCGGCCACACGCUCCUCCGCCGUCUACAAGUCCAAGGCGGAGUACGAGAACACGCCAUCGGACAGCGAUGGGGGUAAUCCCAGGGAGCGAGAACGCUGCUCCAAUACGCUGCCCACGAGGAAGCUCAAGAAGCGCCUGGAGGCGGGCACUGGAGCCAAGAGCAUUGGCCCGCAGAGUAAUCCCGGCCAGCAAUCACGACCCAAUGUCCAACAACUCUUUGCCAAGCAGGCGGAGCAGGUUACGCAGCAGACUAAUCCUGGACAGCAGGCACAACCUCAAACGGCGGGAGUGGAGAACAGUGGGUAUCAGGACUCCAAUGGGGCCAUAGCCAAGGAUCAGGCAGUGGGCACAGAUCCGGCCGAGUCCGAGGUGUACUUUGCCGACGUGAGCAGCUGCUGCAACAUGUCCGUGAAGAACGACAGCUACUAUGACAAUGCCCAGCGGCAUCAGGGUCACCAUCAUCACCAGGCACAGGCACAGGCACCGGGACACCAUCAUCAGCACCAGCACAGUAACUGCAGUCACAGCAGCGGGCAGAGCAAUGAGGACUACCUGGCCCAGCGGUUUGGUCGUGGCAGGGAGCACUCCGUGAGGAGUAGAUUGCCCAUUCCGCAGACCAGGCGGGAGGAUGACUACGAGACAUCCAACCUGAACAUGCCCACGCUGAAGGAGCAGCAGCAGCAGCAGCAGCAGCUGCAGAAGGAGAUCUCGCGACAGAGCAUGUGCUCCGUGGAGUCGGAGGCCAAGACGGAGUUCACCGAUCUCUCGCCCUCGACGCCCUGCUCCGGUAAUCUUCCCCUGCCGCUGCCGCUGCCACCGCCGCCGGCGAACUUUGCCAGUGAUCCUACUCCUGCUCCGACGACGACCAUAACUGGAGGUCAGCAGUCGUCGCCCAGCUUUGUGGCCUCGUUUCCCUACUCCUCGGAAUCGCAAUGCCUGGAGGCGCAUCGCCGUUCCACCAAGAACAUCCACGAGCUGCUGAUUGCAUCGACUGGAGGCGGAGAUUCGCACUACGAAGUGAUCAACGACCGGGGUGUCAAUCCCUACCAGCUGCAACGAUCGCAGCAGCAGGCCAAGCACAAGGCCAAGUCGAAGACGCGAUCGCGGGAGCAGCUGGACAUCUAUGGCAGCGGAGCCGAGCGUUCCGACUGGUCCUCCUCGGAUGGAGGUCGCUUGUGAGACACCGACGACCAGGAGGUAUUCGUCUAGCAGCGGUUUCACCUUCAUUAUAUUCUCUAAGGAUCAGUGAUGGGGGGUCAAGGGGAAUCAAAUGAUGUUGCCAAGUACUGAAUUUAACGUCUAUUCCUCAGUCUUCUUAUAUGACAUAUGGUAUAAGUAUCAUAUGUUACAAGUAUUGUAUGCCAUAAGUAUCAUAUGGUAUAAGUAUCCUAUGGUAUAAAAAUCAUUUGGUGUAAAUAUCAUAUGAUACGAGCAUCAUGAUAUAUAUAUGAUGUAUGUACAUUGUGAUACUGAUUAUAUAUGUUAUUAACACCAAAUAAUAUUUAUUCCAUAAUAUACUUAUACCAUAUGAUAUGGUAUAAGAUUCAUAUUGUAUAAAUAUCAUAAAUAUCAAACGGCAUAAAUAUUAUAUGGUAUAAAUAUCAAGUUGUAUAUAUAUUAUAUGGUAUAAGUAUCAUAUGGCAUAAAUAUCAUAUGGUAUAGGUACCAUAUGGAAUAAGCCUAAAUUCAAAAUGUAUUCCUCAGUUUUCUUAACAAUCAUAUGGAUAAAAGUAUCAUUUAAAUAUUUGGGUAUAUAACCCAUAACCCAGAUACGUCCCAUUAGCCCGAAGAUUAAUUUUUUUCAAAUACCAAAUCAAAAUCUAACCUCAAUCUUCUUAUCCAUCAUAAGGUAUAAGUUUCAAUCAUUUAAUUGGGUAUAUACCCUAUAAACCUCCCAUCACUGCCGAUAGAGCCACCACCUUACGUUAAGAAUCGUCGCAUUUGUAAUGUUUGCCAUCCAAAAAGGGAACUCUAUUCUUUUAAAAAAUAUCCUCUUUCUCUUCCAAAACUAUCGAAGGUCCCAAGGGGUCCCCAAACACUUUGCUUUAACUAUUUUACGCGAUAUCCUUUGCAUAGUUUACAUAGAACACAUAUAUUGUAUUACUUAACACAUAUGGUAGCAUUGAAUUGAAUGUUGACAACUUGUAGCAAUGAUAAUCUAUGGAUAUUAUAAAUAUAUACAAAUUAUGUUAUAUUUACCUGCGUAUUUACAUAGUUGCGUAUACAGUAUACACACACCCAUAUACACAUACAAAUAUAUGACUAGUUAGUUAAAUGUUAGAGCGCCAGUUAAAUUUAUUAAAGAAGUACACCAAGUAUAACCAAAACAUUUUAACAAAAAAAAAAACAAUGGAUUUUUAAUGGUGCGGUAAAUAUGAAAGGGGUUUCAACAAUGUUUUUACAAAUUUAAGUGGGUUGAAUUUUAAUUAAUUUUCUAAAUGAUAAAAAUUCCAAAACGGUUUCAGAAUUGUGUUAAAUAUUAAAACACUCAAAAAUUUUAGUUUCUACUACUGAUAAUCCCCUUCUAAAUUGUCCUUAAUUCACGAAAUUACAAUAUGGACUUUAAAACUAUUAGGACGCUCAAAAUUUGCGGAGUAUCAAAAAUUAUUAAAAUUGUAUUUUCAAAGUAUGAUAGAUGGAAUAUUAAGUUAUUUUGAAUAUAAAAAAAUUCCCAAAACAUAGAUGGAAAAUAAGUUUCCACCACUAUAAACCUUUUCUAGAUUAUCUAUAAUUCGCAAUGAUAAAGAAAAUACCUAAACUUAACUUAAAAAAUACAGUUUGGAUUUUAAGACAUGAUGGAUUUUUGUGGGCCGUUAAUAUUUGAAGGGGUAAUAAAAAUAGGUAAAUGAAUAUUCAUUUCAAAUUAUAAUGGAUGGAAUUUUCU